AUGGCAGCUAAAUUAGAAUUUAACACUACAGAAUUUACUUUAAAUAAUGGUCAUAAAAUCCCAGCCGUUGCUUUAGGUACAUGGAGAGCAACUGAAAAAGAUGCUGCUAAAAACUCAGUUAAAACUGCUUUAACUGAAGGUCAUUAUAGACAUAUUGAUACUGCUGCUAUUUAUGGUAAUGAAGAAGAAGUAGGAGAGGGUAUAAAAGCUGCAAAUGUUGAUAGAAAAAAUAUCUUCGUCACCACUAAACUUUGGAAUUCAGAACAUAAAAAUGUUGAAAAUGCAUUAGAUGAAUCAUUAAAAAAAUUACAAUUAGAUUAUGUUGAUUUAUAUUUAAUUCAUUGGCCAGUUUCAACAAAUCCAGAAACCAAAAAACCAUAUGAUGAUCAUACAUUUGUUGAUACUUGGAGAUCAUUACAAAAAAUUUAUAAAGAAGGUAAAAAAGUUAAAGCUAUUGGAGUAUCAAAUUUUACUAUAAAAAAAUUAGAAAAAUUAUUAAAUUCAGAAGGAGUUGAUAUUGUACCUGCUGUAAAUCAAGUUGAAGCUCAUCCAUUAUUAACUCAACCAGAACUUGUAGAUUAUUUAAAAUCAAAAAAUAUUUAUUUAGAAGCUUAUUCACCAUUAGGUUCAUCAGAUUCUCCAUUAUUUAAAAAUCCAACUAUAGUUGAAAUUGCUAAAAAAUAUCAAGUUGAACCAGCUCAAGUAUUAAUUUCAUGGGCUAUUCAAAGAAAAACAGUUGUAUUACCUAAAUCAGUAACUGAAUCAAGAGUUAUUUCAAAUAAUAAGACAUUUGUUUUAGAAGAUGAAGAUUUUGAAAAAUUAAAUAAAUUAUCUGAAAAAGAUGGUGUUGUUAGAACUUGUGAUCCAGAUUUUAAUAAUUUCAAUGAUUAG